UCUUGUUUUUAGAACACAGCUCUGCAGUUGCUGAGAUAUAACUCCCACUGUUCUUCGUGACCGCCUGACCCACAGCCUGCGAGCCAAUACGCUUGCCCUACAGGAUGUUUCGCCUUCGAUUUCUCCCCGUCGCGGCAGGGCUGUCCGCUGUUGCCCGGCGUUACCACGGGACAGCUCAUCACCCCAGGACCAGGCGUAGGCUCAUGGUGGCAGCUUUCAUAGGGACGACUGCAGUGACAGGAAGUGCCAGAUUCCUUUGGCAGAGGGCCUACGCAGAAGACUCGUCCUCUGUAAAACAUGAGUCAAGGACAGAGCCAAGCGAGAAGGUGAAGCAGGAGGAGGAGGAGGAGAGCAGUGGUGGUGAGGGUCGAAAGGCCGUUGCAUCAGGCGAUGAGGAGGCUCAGCCAGAAGGGAAGAAGAAGAAGCGUUCCGGGUUCAGGGACCGUAAGGUUAUGGAAUAUGAGAACAGGAUCAGAGCCUACUCCACGCCAGACAAAAUCUUCAGAUACUUUGCUACUUUGAAAGUCAUAAAUGAGCACGGUGAAUCAGAGGUUUUUAUGACACCGCAGGAUUUCGUGAGAUCCAUAACACCUAACGAAAAACAGCCAGAAAACCUAGGCCUGGAUCAGUUUAUAGUCAAACGCUAUGAUGGGAAGGAUUUCUGGCAGACAGAGAAAUUAUCCCAGGAGCGGGAGAAGUUUGCUGAUGAAGACAGCAUAUUUUAUGCCCUUGGAGAAUGUGGACUCAUUUCUUUUUCUGACUACAUCUUCCUCACAACGGUCCUUUCCACUCCCCAGAGGAAUUUUGAAAUCGCCUUUAAGAUGUUUGACCUGAAUGGUGACGGUGAGGUGGACAUGGAAGAGUUUGAGCAGGUCCAGAGCAUCAUUCGCUCCCAAACCAGCAUGGGCAUGCGCCACAGAGACCGCUCUACAACGGGGAACACCCUGAAAACUGGCUUCAACUCUGCACUGACAACCUACUUCUUUGGGGCAGAUCUGAAGGGAAAGCUGACCAUCUCCCACUUCCUCGACUUCCAGCGCAAACUGCAGCACGAUAUUCUGAAGCUCGAGUUUGAGCGGCACGACCCGGUGGAGGGGCGGAUCACGGAGCGGCAGUUCGGCAGCAUGCUGCUGGCCUACAGCGGGGUGCAGUCCAAGAAGCUCACCAUCAUGCUGAAGCAGCUCAAGAAGCACUUCCAAGAUGGAGAGGGUCUGACGUUUGAGGAGGUGGAGAGCUUCUUCACUUUUCUGAAGAACAUCAAUGACGUGGACACUGCUUUGAGCUUCUACCACAUGGCUGGAGCUUCGCUUGAUAAAGUGACAAUGCAGCAAGUGGCCAGGACGGUGGCCAAGGUGGAGCUCUCUGACCACGUGUGUGACGUGGUGUUCGCCCUCUUUGACUGCGACGGGAAUGGUGAGCUGAGCAACAAGGAGUUUGUGGCCAUAAUGAAGCAGCGCCUUAUGAGAGGCUUGGAAAAGCCCAAGGACAUGGGCUUCACUCGUCUCAUGCGGGCGAUGUGGAAGUGUGCCCAGGAGACGGCGUGGGACUUCACCAUGCCCAAGCAGUAGUGGGGUCGGGGAGGAACCGCCCGGCUUCCCCGUCUCAAACCCCACCACCAGGGCCACCUGAGGGGUGGCACCAGGCUCUGGCGAGCCCAGACUGUUGGUAACAGGAGAUUUAUGUAAAUCAAAGUUAGGAAUCAAAGCCUGUUGUAUUCGCAGCUUCCGCUUGCCGCUGGCCCCUUCAUAUUCCUGUCUCUCAGGAUAAAAAGGACUUUUCUUAACUGCCACCACCUCCGCUUCGUGACGUGCCCUGCCUGCGGAGCUGGGCAGCCAGUCAGCUGGUGGGGCUGCAACCAAACCACCUUCAUUUAAUGUUUUUACAAAGGCAUGGAGUUUAUUUUAAUUCUUAGGUUGCCCCUAAGAAAGAAGCCUUGAGGUUCCUGGAUGGACGGUACCAGUGGGACCCAGGAGAAGAGGCUGGAGCAGGCAGGUGUUGAGAGCACCCCAGGAGUUACGUCGGACAAAUACUCUGCAGAAUGUUGUUGUUUUUUUUAUAAAGGGGGAGCCUUCUCCGUGGGGAAUUGCCUAUCUGUACCGGGAGCAGGCUGAACAAUGUUAUUUGCCAAGUAAAAGCACCGUGUACAGGCGUUGCUGAUAACAA